AUGGGUAGGCACUCAGCUCCAGGGUACCAUAGUUUCCGUAAUGUCAUAGUUAUUGGUGGGAUCUUUGGGAUUUUAAUUUGGGGGUCAGGGUUCCUUAUACAAGCCAUAACUUCUUUAAAGUUAACUCAUGAAUUGGUUUAUCAACCUUCACCCCAAUUACUUUCAAAUAUUGCCAAACCUUCAACUAAUCGAUUGGUUGGCGAUAAAAUCCCCUUAAAUUUCUCCAGUGCUAGAGAAGGAAUCUUUACACCCGAAUAUACUGAACUUCAAUGGAUUAAAGAACCAAAUUCAAUCUCCAACGAUAAGGGUACUUAUGUGGUUAAAGAACAUCUUCUUGUUGAUGGUACUGAAGAUAUUUAUGAUACUUUGUAUUCUAUCAAGUCAAUUGUUGACUCAGAUUAUGAAUAUUUGUUAUUCAAUGGAUCUUCUUUCUAUUAUAAUGGCAUUGAAUAUGAUAUUGAACAAUUGACAGCUUCACCUGAUUUGACUAAAGCUUUCAUCAAAACCAAUUCUACUCAUAAUUACAGACAUUCGACUUAUUCUUUGUAUUGGUUAUUGGACGUUAACCAACAUACUAUUUCCCCAAUCAAAUCUGUUGAUGAUAAAUUUGGAGCUAUAUUAUGGUCACCUACUUCUAACCAUCUUGCUUUUGUGUUGGAUAAUAACUUAUAUAUCAAAGAUGUGAACAGUGGUGAUAUCAAACAAGUAACUACUGAUGGGUCGGAUCAGAUUUUCUAUGGUAGACCCGAUUGGGUUUAUGAAGAAGAAGUUUUCGCUAGUGAUAAAACUAUGUGGUGGUCACCUACCGGAGAUAAAUUAUCUUUCACUAGAAUGGAUGAUACCGAAGUUCCUAAAUUCACCAUUCCUUAUUAUGUUCAAGAAGGAUAUGAAGAUUAUCCUAAAUUAUUAGAAUUGAAAUAUCCAAAAGCUGGUUAUCCUAAUGCUCCUGUUGAUGUUGGAGUUUAUGACUUAACUACUGAAGAGUUCAAAAUGAUGGAUUUGAAAUCGGAUUCCAUUUCUGAUAAGUUAGUUACUCAAGUGUUUUGGGCUUCAACUUCUGAUUUAAUGGUUAGAAUUAGUACCAGAGCUAGUGAUUUAUUGGAAUAUUACCUUUUAGAUACUAAAACUCAUGAUUAUAAGUUGAUUAGAACCGAAACCAUGGAAAAUGGAUGGUUUGAAGUUGCCUUUGAUACUUUUUUCAUCCCGAAGAACGAAAAAGUCGGUCUUAAACAUGAUGGAUACAUUGAUACCGUGGUAGUAGAUGGAUAUAAUCAUUUGGCCUAUUUCUCACCACCUUCAAAUCCUGAAGGGGUAUUAUUAACUAAAGGACAAUGGGAAAUCGAAGACGGACAAGUUUCUUUUGAUUAUACCGAUAACGAAGUUUAUUUCAUCUCCACCAUGAAAUCACCCGUUGAAAGACAUGUCCAUUCAGUCAAUCUUUUAGAUGCUUUAAAUGGAGAAUUACCUCAAAUCAAGAAUAUCACCGAUACUUCCAAAGAAGGUUAUUAUAGAGGGUCGUUUUCAAGUGGUUCAAGAUAUUUAUUAUUGACUUAUAGAGGUCCUUCCAUUCCUUAUCAACAGUUGAUUGAUUUGAGAACCAGUAAGACAGUUAAAACCCUUGAAACCAAUAGUAAAUUGACUAAAACCAUCAGUAAGUACGAUAUUCCUAAAGUAGAACAUAAAGUGAUUUCGAUUGGUAAAGACGAUAAUGGUGAUGAUAUCAUUGUUAACGCUGUUGAAACAUUCCCCUUGAAUUUCAACCCCAAGAUGAAAUAUCCAGUGUUAUUUUACGUCUAUGGAGGUCCAGGGUCACAAACCGUGACUAAAACUUUCAAAGUGGAUUUCAGCGCUAUUGUAGCUGCUGAACUAAACGCUAUAGUUGUUACUGUAGAUGGUAGAGGUACUGGGUUCAACACUCAUAACAAACAAGGAGCUCAUUUUAAAUAUACUGUGAGGAAUCAAUUGGGACAUUAUGAACCAAUUGAUCAAAUAUCGGCUGCUAAGAUAUGGGCUCAGAAAUCAUAUGUUGAUGCUGAAAGAAUAGCUAUUUGGGGAUGGUCUUAUGGAGGAUUCAUGACAUUGAAAACUUUGGAAACUGAUGAUGACCAUAUUUUCAAAUAUGGUAUGUCAGUAGCUCCAGUGACUAAAUGGAAAUUUUAUGAUUCUAUUUAUACUGAAAGAUACAUGAGAACUCCAGCUGAGAAUCCCGAAGGUUAUGAAAUAGCUUCAAUCUCCAAUAUGACCAAUUUCCAUAACGUUACCAGGUUUUUAAUGAUGCACGGAUCUGGUGAUGAUAACGUUCAUUUCCAAAAUAGUCUUAAAUUGAUUGAUGAUUUCAAUUUAGAUUCCAUCGAAAACUUCGAUUUUAUGGUUUAUCCCGACUCCGAUCAUUCUAUAGUGUACCAUAACGGGAACCAUGUUAUUUAUCAUAGAUUAUUAAAGUGGUUGCGAAAAGCCUUUAAUAAUGAAUAUUUGUAG